GUUAAAAGGUGGUGAGGUAGAUGAAGUAUGACCGUCUGAUGUGUCAAGUGAUCAAAAGAUUUUCAAAAGCAAAUGAAGACAUGUACCAACGAAGAGUCGUGCAGCAGUGGCAGACGAUAUUUGGAGAGUCCUACAGGAGAGUCGGGACUGAGAACGGAGAGGGAUUAGAGCGUAAGCAACUUAUAUCAGCAAAAGGAUGGAUUUUUCGUAAAAUUGAAUGCAAAGUGAAGAUUUCCAGAUAUUCACAUUCUGCUGUCUCCUGUUCUUGUAGCCAAGGCUCUGAGUUUGUCCCGGAAGGAAGACAUAAUAUUCUAAGAGAGAAGAAUUUAACAAAAUUCAACAGGAACUGACAAAGCUUUCUCGAAAAUUUGAAUGCUAAAGUUCCAUGUGGUCUAUCGUAGCUCCUGAAACUUCAAAUCCGGUAAAUCCUUCAAACUCAACAAUGAAGAUCAAAAAAAGUUUUUGUGCAUUUUGGAUUUUGACAUUCAUAUGUGACAUUGGGUUCAUCAGAAGGAUUUUUUGGAACCGCCUUUGUAUUGCAAUUUGUACAUGCCGGGUAAUGCCAAGACAGUGGUCAGUGGAGCUUGGGAUAUUUUAAGCCGAAUGUGAUUUAUUCAAAUACGGAGGAUUCAUAUGUCAUUCUUAUAUAUAGCAGCGAGAGAGGAUUGAAUAAGAUGCAGAGAUGCGGAAGAAUUAUACUCUGAAAGCCUUGAAGAGAGAAGUGAAGAAAACAAUUUUAUGGAUCGGUCAUUAUACGUAUUUAUAGGUAAAUCUUGAACUAUUUGACAUAGAAUAUUUGACAUAGAAUGUAGGAGGUAUUUAUGGCAGUGAAUCAUGGAAUUAAAGAGGUUUAAGAGGGAGAAUUUGGAAAAUCAAUUGCUGUUUUUUUAGGGAUUUUAUAUGUAUAGUGUUUUGUAUCCUGUAUAUUUAAAAUUGAAAUGCCGGUAAUUUAGAGUAUCAAUCAAUUGUAACUGAUAUACUGAUUUGUAGGAAUAUAUAUAUAAUUU